AUGCCUGACACUGCAUAUGACGUUUUCUGCGUAGACUGGUACAGCAGCCAGUCCAAGAAGGAUUUCGAAAUCAUCCCGGCGUGCACCGGAACUUCCGGGUGCGGCCUUGUUAUUGAGACCCAUUCCGGAUCUGGUGGAAGAAUGCACCAAGUCUUCGGCUUGGAGGACUUCUUUUGCGUGCUUCUGCUCCUAGCGUACGUUGGCUGGAGCUAUGUUUUCCAAAUCUGCCAGGUACUGCAUGAAACUGGUGCAGCUGUCUUGGUAGGGCUGAUUGCCGGCUACAUCAUGAAGGCCUGCUCGGGCCGAACAGCUACUUUUAGCUACGACAUGUUCAGCUACAUGCUGCUUCCGAUGGUCAUCUUCGCUGCGGGUUUCAACCUUGACAAGCAGAAGUUCUUCCGAUUCGGCGGCUACAUCUUUGCACUGGGAAUCACCGGCACAGUUUGCAUUUUCCUGCUGAUUUACUUCGGCUCCGUGAUCUUCACCAUACGCCCUGUGAAUGGUGAUCCGUUUGUGAUUCCGGCACAGAAUCGCCUUAUUCUCGCUUCGGUCCUGGCAUCGACAGAUACCGUGGCACCGAUGGCCUUUGUUUCGGCCACGGACUUUCCUCAACU